ACAGCUGGCAGCCCCUGGGUGACGCGUAGGCCUGGGAGCGGCAAGCAUGGACGACCAUAACCUGGAGGAGUUCCGCCGGCGCUGGCAGGAGGAGUUGGCGCAGUCGCAGGCGCUGAGGCGACGGCGGCGACUCGAGGCUGGGGAGCGGCGACCGCGGAGGCCGGAGGCGGGAGCGCGCGGCGAGCCGGCCUCGGGGUACCUGGGGCUGGCGCAGGGUCUGCUGGAGGGCGCGGGCCGACCCCCGGCGCCCAGGCCCGGCCGGGCCGACAGGAGAGAUGCCUCCAGCCGUUCACGCUCACCCCCGGACCGCGACGCCGCGCAGCCCGAGCCGCUGGUGGACCAGCUCAUCCGCGACUUGAAUGAAAUGGAUGAUGUGCCCUUCUUUGAUGUCCAUCUGCCUUACGAACUGGCGAUCAAUAUAUUUCAGUAUCUGAACAGAAGAGAGCUGGGUCUGUGUGCUCAGGUGAGCAAGACAUGGAAGAUGAUUGCCGAGGACGAGGUACUGUGGUACCGGCUGUGCCGACAGGAGGGACACCUUCCCCACAGCAGAUUCUCCGAUUACACCUGCUGGAAGCUCAUCCUGCAAGAGUGCCUUGCCAAGGAACACAAGUUAAGAGCCAAUUGGAAGAAUCGCAAAGGUGCUGUGAGCGAGCUGGAGCAUGUUCCUGAUGCUGUUCUGUGUGACGUGCGUUCUCACGAUGGUGUUGUCAUCGCAGGAUACACGUCAGGGGACGUGAGGGUGUGGGACACCCGCACCUGGGACUAUGUGGCCCCCUUCCUGGAGUCUGAGUCUGAGGAGGAGGAUCCUGGAAUGCAGCCAUAUGUCUCCUUUGUGAGGAUCAACAGCUCACUGGCAGUGGCGGCUUACGAGGAUGGGAUUCUGAACAUUUGGGAGCUGAGAACCGGGAGGUUCCCUAUCUAUCGUUUUGAGCAUGAUGCAAGAAUACAAGCCCUUGCGCUGAGCCGGGAAAAGGCCAUUGUUGCCACAGCCUCUGCUUUUGACGUUGUGAUGUUGUACCCCAACGACGAGGGGCACUGGCAUGUAGCCUCAGAAUUUGAAGUUCAGAAACUGGUUGACUACCUUGAGAUAGUCCCGAAUGCUGGGAGGUACCCUGUGGCAAUAGCCACUGCCGGGGACCUGGUGUACCUGCUGAAGGCCGAGGACUCAGCCAGAACCCUCCAUUAUGUGUAUGGCCAGCCUGCCACAUGUCUGGAUGUCUCAGCCAGCCAGGUUGCCUUUGGAGUGAAGAGUCUGGGAUGGGUGUAUGAAGGAAACAAGAUCCUGGUGUACAGCCUGGAAGCAGAACGCUGCCUCUCGAAGCUAGGCAAUGCCCUUGGAGACUUCACCUGUGUUAACCUCCGUGACAGCCCUCCCAACCUCAUGGUCAGCGGCAACAUGGACAGGAGAGUAAGGAUCCAUGACCUCCGCAUCGAUAAGACUGCCCUGUCGCUGUCUGCCCACCAGCUGGGGGUGUCUGCGGUCCAGAUGGAUGACUGGAAGAUUGUCAGUGGAGGCGAGGAGGGGCUGGUGUCUGUGUGGGAUUACCGCAUGAACCAGAAGCUGUGGGAGGUGCACUCCAGGCACCCUGUGCGCUACAUCUCCUUCAAUAGCCACAGCCUGAUCACCGCCAACGUGCCCUACGAGAAGGUGCUACGGAACUCCGACCUCGACAACUUUGCCUGUCACAGGAGACAUCGCGGCCUGAUCCAUGCCUAUGAGUUUGCUGUGGACCAGCUGGCCUUCCAGAGCCCGCUUCCUAUCUGCCGCCUGCCCCGUAACACCACGGCUGGGUACAGCUAUGACCUCGCACUGUCUUUCCCCCAUGACAAUAUUUAGAGUGUCACCUCAUGUAGACGGAAAGGGCGGUUUUACAAACCUUAGAGCUGGAAGGAGGCUCUGCAGCACAUAGUGGACAUCUGGGGACAGUGCUGUGUAUGCCUGCGGUCACACAGCCCUGUGGCCCCGUGCAGCUGCUGUACAGACCCGGAGUCCAUCGCUACUUCCCUCCUCCUCCCUCCCAGGGCUGUGGUGGAACUGGCUGAUGACUCAGGGUUAACCUUUCGGGGUGGCUCCUCCCUCAGCCUGUGGCAGCAGUGACACCCUCCCUCCCUCGUUCUACAGGCCAGGGACAUGGGGCCUUCACUCCCACUGGCCUGUCUCCUGGGUGUGGGUGCUGAGGGUGGAAGCCAGAGCCUCACACAUGGAGGCAAGCGUUCAGCCUCCAGGCUGCUUCCCCAGCUCACGGUGGCCUCCUGACCCCACUGUUGAUAAUUUAGAGCCGCCCUUACCUAUGUGAGGAGCGCUCUGCUUCACUCGCUCUUCUGUCCUGUCCAUGUGAAGAAGACAGCCAUCCUUCCCUGCAGAGGGAAACGGCCAUUCCACAGGGAUGGACUUGGCCAUUUUCCUAGCCUGGCUGCUGCUGUCUCUUCCCUCAGCAGCUGCAGCACUCUUGACAAAUGCUGCAGCCGCCAUAGCUCACCCCCUCUUCCUUCAGAGUGUCACAGGCAAAUCCACACACAGUGGCCAGGAGACCCAGUCAGAGCUCUUCAAAAUCCGCACAGUCCAGGCACCUAACACACCUGUACAAAGGCCACCAGGAGGCACAGUGUUUCUCCCAGCGAAUACCAGCUCAAAAAACAAGUGGGCCAGAAAACUCUACAUUGGGUCUGCAGAGAGCAAAAAAAAAAAAGGGGGGGGGGGUAAAGAGCUCCAUGAGGUGGAACUCAAGUUGGUAACAAAGGUGCUGGAGGGCCUGAGAGGGUGUGCACCCCUCACAGGGAAGGGGCUGACGGCUCUCACCUGGAGCAGUGCUGAGAGCCACUGUGCCCUGGUGGCCUGCUCUUGUGUCCAGUACUGGGAUGAAGUCUGAGGCUUCAUGUCCGUGCUCAGCAAGUGCUCUGUCACUGAGUCACACCUCCAACCAAUGUGUGGUUUUGUGGCGUGAUCUCAGACCACGACAUUGAGGCCUCAGACGUCCACAGUGUGCUUCACCGGACACAGAGCCAGCUGAGGCUGUGGCCUCUCCCCUAGCAGAACCCUUCUAAAGCACUUCAGAGUGCCCAGGGCAGCUCACCUCCCUCUUGCUGGGCUGCGCCCCCUGCUGGCCUGGUCUUGCUACGUCUUCACUCGAGCUUUCCCAGUCCUGGAGCUGUCCACUAGAGAAACUUGUCAGAGAAAUUGGUUGUGCAGUCAGCUCCCUUCUGGGCUUUGCAGCCAUGGAAGGCCACUGAAGAGCGUUAAGAGCAGAUGCAGAGGUGACUAGAGUAGUUUCAAGUAUACAUGCCCUCCUAGGCCCCAGCCCCCGCCUCCGUUAGAAAAAGCACCGGAGAUGGUCUGCGCUCAGCCUCCUGGAAAAUGCCCCUCCCUCACGGAGCAUCAGAGCUGUCCUCACUGGCUCCUCAGGUUGCUGUCGCUGCACCUGCUCACAGGUGGGGGACAGGGAGUCUUUGUUAGCUCCUUCUGCUGCCUCUAAAGCCAGAAGACACCCUGGGAGCCAGAGAUGGCCACACAUCUGCAGCUUGCCUUUUGCCUUAAGCGACCACGUUUGCUCUAUUAUUAAAGGUUCUGGACUUACA